AUGGCUGAUAGAGUCCACUCAUGGCUAUUGAGAUCCUUGAUCAUUCAUGACGCAAAGUAUGGAGCAAAUCUCUCUCAGGCUGUAGAGUGUUCGACUUACUGUCAGCUCCUCAAGUUCCACACGUAUCGAACACCUCAACGCCCUCAUACCCUGAUUCAAGGGCGUAUAUCCGACUCGACUCAUUGGGCAGACGUGAUAUUCGAUUUCUUGGAGACGAACAGGCAAGAAGAACCUCUCUUUGGACUAGCCGGAGAAGCACUCACCACCCACCUACGGAGCGUCUUCUUGAUCAGGUCGUUCAGAUUCCAUAUCAUCGAACCGAGUGCCUUAAAGAGUCCUCGUGUCGGUGUCACCAUUCUCAAGUGGCAGGUCUACUCUGGAGAUCGAGACGACCCGGUAUUCUUCGACAACACCGUUGAAUUGGGCUCUGAUGCCGAUGGGGAUUACCGAGCGAAGAGAAUUAUGAACAAGUGGUAUUACGGACAGCACGAACUGGACUCUCCGCAUCUGACGACCGAUAGAAUGGCUGGAUCCAGCCGCCAAUCGGGCUCGCCUCAACGCGGUCAACCUAGAUCGGACAGGCUCUCUUCAACACCUCCUUCUACAUCAUCGGGUCUACGCAUCGUGGACCUUGAAACAUUCCUGGCACCGCAUCUUUCCAACGCUGCCAAGAAGCCUAUUCCUGAAUUCCUCUUUCAUAAUGUCUCUCAGGAGCAAAGGGAGGAGCUCAACUCGAUACAGAUCUUCGGCCUGCAUCAAGAUGAUCUCGGAGCGGGGCCAUUCGCAGUCAAAGACGGUAUCCCGAUCGAGUCUCAAGGGAACGGACAAUCGAACGGACAUGGCGACGCCGAGAUCGAGGCGCACGCAACCCCAUCACAACAUGGAGAAGAGCCGAAAGGAUCUCAGGCGAAUGGGCAUCCCAGAAACGGGGACACGAGCGUGCAAGGCGAAGGUGUGAGAGACAGUCAUAUCGUGUCCCCGCCAGCAUCGAGAGACGGGCAUCCUUCAUCGCCAACUGGAGCUGUGGAAGAGUUUCAAGGUCAUGAGCUCGCAUCUCCCUCUGCUGUUGCUUCAUCUGCUGCCGGAUCCUCAAUUCAGAGCGAAAGCUUUCCUCAACCUGGUCAACGCAAUCGUCGUUCGCCGAGCCAAAUCACAUUUGAGCCUGAUUUCGAUGAGAGCAUUGACGGUCCCCACCCUCCAAUGUCCGAUAGCGAAGAUGAUGAGAUUCCUGUGCGAGCGCGUGCCAUUGUGGGAAUCAGACGCGAGCGGGCCUUCGACCCUCUCGGGUUUCCAUCAUCUCCGUCAAGCCACCCUGAUCCUCCGUCACAGGCCGCACGCCCUGCGGAAUCACCACCCUGGCCGAGUCAGCUUAGCAAUGGCGAAGAGCAAACUCAAGCAUUGGCGGCUGCUCAGUCCCCCCUAUCGCCGUCGCCCUCUCCCUCUCCCUCUCCUUCACCCUCUCCUCCUGCACCUCCGUCACCCGUCAUUGCCCAUCGACGCGCAUCAGGUAUGCGAGCACGUCGAAGUCCCAAGCCUCGACACUCAUCAUCGAGAAAGGCACAGAUCCUCGUGGAAGCUUCGGACCAAUCUCACAACAAGACGACAUCAGAGUCCCAGUCUCAGUCUCAAUCAAUGUCGCAGUCCCAAACCCUGCCGAGAGAUCUGAGAAUCGUACAGCGGGCCCCUGCAGAUCCUUUGGUCAUGUCUGAACCAACGAUGGUCGUUGACGACGAGGCUGAUGAUCACGCCGAUGACGAGUCUUCUCAACCGGACCGGAACGACUCUCCCAGACGGCGACCGAAUCAUCGAUUCUCGACGGACCAACGCCUCUCAGACGAAGAGUCCGUCAUUGAGCUUCCGGUGGACAAAGGCAAACGAAAGGCGAGGGAGGAGGAAAGUUUCAUGUCAGUUCCGAGCCCCAAGCGGGCCAUCAAAAAGUCUCGUGCCGAUAAUCAGUCGCAAAACGUGAUCUCUACCGUCUCUGUGGCGCAAUCUGUGGUUUCAGUCCGGGCCGUCUCAUCGUAUUCCCAACGCCCCGCCGCUCGCCCACCUAAGCUCGGAGGAUUCAAGCUCAACUUGUCAUUGGCCGUCCGCCACACCGAUAUUGCCGUGGAACGAGUCAUGAAAAAGGCGCAACUCAAACGAGAUGAGCUCGCACGACGAAGUGCUAGCAGAGUAUUAUCCUAA